CCAAUGGGAGAAAUGCAAAGCGGGGCGGGGACUAUGAUGGAAGUGCCUUGCUGCUUCCGUCAAUAACAGGACUCUCUCUCUCGGCUUGGGUUGGGGGUCUUCGGAAGGGAGGAAGGAGGAAGACUCGUGCCUGGCUUCUCUCCAUUGUUUGCGGAAACCAUGCCUUUUUUGGGCCAGGACUGGCGGUCUCCAGGGUGGAGGUGGAUUAAAACAGAAGAUGGUUGGAAGCGAUGUGAGCCGUCCAGCUCAGAACUCGAGGAGGAGAACAAUCGCCUUAAUGACAUCAGUCAUGCUGUCAUCUUGGAUAAUGAUGAAGAAAUAUACAAUGCUGACUGCGAAUUUACAAGCAAGAAGAGGAAAAAGGAUCAUUUCAGAAAUAAUGCAAAAUCUCAAUAUUUCUAUGGGGAGAAAUGGAUAUAUGUCCAUAAAGAAAGUACCAAAGAAAGGCACGGCUAUUGCACUUUGGGAGAAGCCUUUAAUCGCUUAGAUUUUUCAAGCGCAAUUCAGGACAUCAGAAGAUUCAAUUACGUGGUUAAACUUUUGCAGUUAAUAGCCAAAUCCCAGUUGACGUCUUUGAGCGGUGCAGCUCAAAAGAACUAUUUCAACAUCUUGGACAAAAUCGUUCAAAAAGUUCUAGAAGACCAGUACAACCCACGUCUCAUCAAAGACCUCCUUCAAGACCUGAGUUCUACACUUUGCACCUUAAUAAGAGGCGUAGGGAAGUCAGUGCUGGUAGGAAACAUCAAUAUUUGGAUUUGCCGGCUAGAAACGAUCCUUUUGUGGCAGCAACAGCUCAGCAAUCUUCAGAUGACCAAGGUCAACAAUGGAUGUACGCUCAGUGAUCUUCCUUUGCACAUGCUGAACAACAUUUUGUAUAGAUUUUCAGAUGGUUGGGACAUCAUUACUUUGGGCCAAGUGACUCCCACUUUGUAUAUGCUCAGCGAAGACAGACAGCUGUGGAAAAAACUCUGCCAGUACCAUUUUGCUGAAAAACAGUUCUGUAGGCAUCUUAUUCUGUCAGAAAAAGGUCAUAUUGACUGGAAGCUGAUGUACUUCGCACUUCAGAAAUGCUAUCCUAUAAAGGAACAGUAUGGAGACACCUUGCAUUUUUGUCGACAUUGCAGUAUUCUUUUUUGGAAGGACUACCAUCUUGCUUUGUUACUCAAGGAUACAGGACAUCCCUGCACAGCCAAUGAUCCAAACAGCUGUUUCAUGCCAGUAUCUCCUCAGCACUUCAUAGACCUCUUCAAAUUUUAAGUGUAAUUCAUUUUUGUGUGUGUCCUUCACUUCUUCUUUCUUUUUUGGCAUAAUCAUGCACUUAUAUGUGUACUGCUUUUUGUGCAAUAUUUCUGUGAGUGAGCUUUGUAGUUUAAAGGGACAUAAUGGGAUCAAAGAGAGAGAGUAUUGACUAGACCAUUUUACUGAGUUUGUGGGAAGAAAAGUGAAGGAAUGCUGUUUGCAAGGAAAGAUAAAACAUGAAGAGAGUGAUCUCGACCACUUGAAUACAUGAAGUUUGUCAAGGGAAUUAUCACCAUCUUGUUAUGGUUUGUCACAUGGAUUUUGAGCUGGGAGAAGUGGGCAGUUUCAUUAAGGAGAGGUGACCAAAAUGGAUUUACUCCUUGUCUUCUGACAUCCCCUUCAAAUGUAUACAGUUGACAUGUCCUAUGCAUAGUGAGAGGAUACUUUUUUGGCUUCUUUGUAGAUACUGUGUUGGCUGUGAAUGUUGCACGUUUGGUAGGACAUAGUUGUGCAACCUGUUGUGCAUCCUUGUAUGGAAGAAGCCAACUACAUUUUGUAAAUACCUUUUCCAGAUAAUUUAUUUUCUUAAAAUCUAUUUUGUUAAUUAAGUCACACCUGUCUAACUGUAUCCUAAAUAAUGUGAGCUGCUGAUUGUGUCAGAUGGAAUUGUCGGGUGGUAGUCCCAUGGGUUUCUAUGGCGUGUGCUUAUGCUCUAAAUGAUUGCCUGUUAGUUUUUGCUGCCAUUAGGCUUCUAGAAAGGUCUUACAGGGCUUUAGUGGAGACAAUUAGAAGUGUAUUGCUAAGCUCACACUGCAAAGUCCUACAUGGUACCAGUUGAAGUUCCACAAAAAUUCUUAGUUCACUUUGGAGGAGAUGAAGAUGGACUGGAAUCUCUUGGAAGCUGCUGUUUGUUCUGCAGAUUUGCAGGAGUGGAGGAGAGCAGGCCAAUGGGUGGCAUACUCCAAAAGACUGAUAUUUUCUUCUGACUUCAGCAAUCAUUUCCAUGUAAUGUUGUAUACAGAUCAGUGUAAUACUGUAUACAGGUUAAUACCGUACAAUGUAUAUCACAUUGUGUUUUGAAUCUAGUUUUGUAUACAAAUAAAUAAUGUUUUUUGCCUUUUGA